UUUGACGUCGUUUCGAUUCAUUCAGGGACAACAUGGGUUCAAGAAAUUGUCUGGCAGAUAUUUAAUGAAGGACAAGUCAAAAGUACCCAUUUUAGAGAACGAGUGCCAUUCCUAGAACGGGCACACUAUCCAUGUGCUGAGCAUCCUGACAUCAACACUCUGCCAAGUCCACGAAUUUUAAAGAUAAUUUGGAACUUCUGGAAUGACCAUGUUCUAGACUGGUGGAAGCACAAAGAUGAUCCAAAUGUCUUGUUUCUUAAAUACGAAGAUUUACAAAAGGUUUGUUGGUGUGAGGCUUUUAUUUUGGGCUCUUCCAGACUCUCAGUAAGAGGAAACACGCGUUCGUGCAAGCUUUUCGCCAUUUUCCUCGAGCUUGCCGUAGGCUUGUGAAAGAUCUUCAGUUAUAAAAUAACUUAGCUACUACGCGCGCUCUCAUUGGUCGAUAGGUGUGUUUAGAUGAGAGCAUGUAAACACAGUUGUGA